AUGAUAAAGACAUAUCUGUUCGUCUGCCUCCUCGGUGCGCUCCUGGGUUCAGUAGCUCUUUUCAAUCCAUUUCGGUAUAAAGGUGCCAAACGAGCUUGUCCAGCUCCUCUGAAAGACAUAACUUUCAAGAGGCAUGUCGUGCACAAAAAGAAAAAAGAAAAGGUCCAGCGCCAAGCUGUAGCAGUUUCGGCCCCUACCGGUGGAGACUUGGACGACAUCAAGGUUUACGUGGACGCUAUCAAAAGGAAGGAGCCUAGCCUCCUGUGGUGCAAGAAUGUUGGUCAGGCAGAACCACCCCGCUUCCUGUGCCCCAUCCUGGACAACGAGAACCUGCAUUCCGAGAAGUGCCGUGAGCACUUCAGGAAAGAAAUGGAGUCCGUCCGACCUCUGAGCCUCAGUGAAGUGAACGCCAUCCAGAAGUCAACAUUUGGCCAAGGAAAAAAUCCGACAUGGAAAAGAGAGCGCGUGGGGCGACUGACAGCAUCAAACUUCAAGCGCAUGGUUCGCUGCAAAAAACCAGAGAGCCUCGUCCGGGAAGUCAUGUACCCUAAGAACAUCAGACUGAAGCCAGGUGACCCACGCCUCUAUGGCAUCGAGAACGAGCCCCUCGCUGUGGACCAGUAUGUGCAGCUUAUGGCCUACUAUGAUAAAGAGGUGCAUGUUGAGGAGACGGGCCUGCACGUUUACCCAAGGUAUCCGUUCAUUGCGGCAUCUCCCGAUCGCAUCGUCUACGACGGCGAAGGAGUUGGCUUGCUUGAGGUGAAGUGUCCCCGCAGUAAGAAGGGUCAAACACCAAAGGGUGCCGCCCUGGACAAAAAGUUCUUUGCCCACAUCGUUGAAGGUGAAGUUACGCUCAAGCGGGACAGUGCUUACUACUACCAAGUGCAAGGACAGCUGGCUGUCACUGGGCUGCGUUGGGCAGACUUUGUCAUCUGGACAAACAAUGGACUUUUCUGCGACUCCAUCAGUGUUGAGCGAAUAGCUUUUGACAACAUUUUCUGGUACAGCACCAUUCUUCCAGGGCUACUCUAUUUCUACGAGCGUGUGGUGAUCCCAGAAAGAAUCACUCGACGAGUUCGACGUCUUGGCAGGAUGCACACUACUGAACCUGGACAUGUACCACAUGAGAUGCACGUGGCAGGAUUUUAUAUCGCUCGCAUGCAUGAAAAUCCUUUGAAGCUCACAUUCGAAAGAGUCAAGUAG